CCAAUCAAUAUUGUACGAUACAGAAAAACAGUUUCCAGUGCACUUUGGAUAUCACUUGUGUUGUUAGUUUGUUAUCUACUAUUUGUUAUAAUGAUAUUCGUAGAGUACAUAACUUAUGCGCCAAUUUUUGCUCUAUUUUUUUGAGUAAGCAAUAACUCUUGUUCAGUUGAACUCAUCACUGAAUCCAUUGCUGUACUGCUGGAAAAUGAGAGACUAA